UGCGCGCCCCCGCCGUGGCCUCUCCCAGGCUAUCCCCCGUGGCCCCGCUCGCGCCGGCCCCGCGCCCCGGUGUCUCUCGCCAUGGCGGCCGCGGCCGAGGAGCCGUUCCCACUCCACGGGCUCCUGCCCAAGAAGGAGACCGGCGCCGCCGCCUUCCUCGCCCGCUUCCCCGACUUCGACGGGCGGGGGGUGUUGCUGGCCGUACUGGACACUGGCGUGGACCCCGGGGCGCCGGGCAUGCAGAUUACGACUGAUGGGAAACCAAAGAUAGUUGAUAUAAUUGACACAACAGGCAGUGGUGAUGUAACUACAUGUACCAUUGUAGAACCUAAAGAUGGAGAAAUUACUGGUCUUUCUGGAAGAACUUUAAAGAUUCCAGCAAAGUGGGUAAAUCCUUCAGGCAAAUAUCACAUUGGCAUAAAAAAUGGCUAUGAUAUCUAUCCUAAAGCUCUUAAGGAGAGGAUUCAGAAAGAACGUAAGGAAAAACUCUGGGAUCCUGUUCACAGACUGGCUCUAGCAGAGGCCUGUAGGAAACAAGAAGAAUUUGAUGCUGCUCUUAGCUCUCCCUCACAGGUAAAUAAGCUAAUAAAGGAAGAACUUCAAAAUCAAGUGGAAUUGUUGAAUUCUUUUGAGAAAAAAUACAGUGAUCCUGGCCCAGUAUAUGAUUGCUUAGUGUGGAAUGAUGGUGAGACCUGGAGAGCCUGCAUAGAUACAAGCGAGAGUGGUGAUUUAACUAACUGUACAGUGCUGAGAACCUACAAAGAGGCUCAGGAAUAUGGAUCUUUUGGGACAUCUGAGAUGUUGAAUUAUUCUGUGAAUAUAUAUGAUGAUGGAAACCUUCUGUCCAUUGUAACAAGUGGAGGAGCUCAUGGAACACACGUGGCGAGUAUUGCAGCUGGAUACUUUCCAGAAGAACCAGAACGAAAUGGUGUGGCUCCUGGAGCUCAGAUUCUUGCAAUUAAGAUUGGCGAUACGAGACUAAGUACAAUGGAAACUGGCACUGGUCUAAUAAGAGCUAUGAUAGAAACAAUAAAAUACAAAUGUGAUCUUGUCAACUAUAGCUAUGGAGAAGCAACACACUGGCCAAAUUCUGGGAGAAUUUGUGAAGUGAUUAAUGAAGCAGUGUGGAAACACAAUGUAAUCUAUGUUUCAAGUGCAGGAAAUAAUGGUCCUUGCCUUUCUACAGUAGGAUGUCCUGGUGGAACUACAUCGAGUGUAAUAGGUGUUGGUGCCUAUGUAUCACCUGACAUGAUGAUUGCUGAAUACUCUUUAAGAGAAAAACUGCCUGCAAAUCAAUACACUUGGUCAUCCAGAGGGCCUAGCACUGAUGGAGCCCUUGGAGUAAGUAUUAGUGCCCCAGGAGGUGCUAUUGCUUCUGUUCCAAACUGGACUCUGCGAGGAACACAACUCAUGAAUGGCACAUCCAUGUCUUCUCCCAAUGCAUGUGGAGGCAUUGCAUUAGUAUUGUCAGGACUCAAAGCUAAUGGUAUUCACUACACUGUACAUUCUGUCAGAAGAGCUUUAGAAAAUACUGCAGUGAAAGCUGAAAACAUAGAAGUAUUUGCGCAAGGACAUGGUAUUAUUCAGGUUGAUAAAGCCUAUGACUACCUCAUUCAGAAUUCAUCAUUCGCAAGUAACAUCGGCUUUACAGUUACUGUUGGCAGCAACCGUGGAAUCUACCUCAGAGAUUCGGCCCAGAUAGCUGCACCAUCUGAUCAUGGGGUUGGCAUAGAACCUGUCUUUCCUGAGAAUACAGAAAAUACUGAAAGAAUAUCUCUUCAGCUUCAUUUAGCUUUAACCUCAAAUGCAUCGUGGGUCCAGUGUCCUAGUCAUUUAGAGCUCAUGAACCAGUGUCGACACAUAAAUAUUCGUGUGGAUCCACGUGGCCUCAGAGAAGGAGUACAUUAUACAGAAGUGUGUGGAUAUGAUACAGCAACACCUAAUGCAGGCCCUCUGUUCAGAGUUCCAGUCACUGUUGUUAUACCGACAAGAGUAGAUGAAUCAUCAGGCUAUGACCUGACAUAUACGGAUGUUCAUUUUAAACCUGGUCAGAUCCGAAGGCACUUCAUUGAUGUUCCACAGGGAUCUACAUGGGCUGAAGUGACAGUGAGUUCAUGUUCAGCUGAUGUGACUGCCAAGUUUGUGCUUCAUGCCGUUCAGCUAGUGAAACAAAAGGCAUAUAGAAGUCAUGAGUUCUACAAAUUUUCAUCCUUACCAGAAAAAGGAUCAGUGACUGAAGCAUUUCCUGUCUUAGCUGGAAAAACAAUUGAAUUUUGUGUUGCUCGGUGGUGGGCAAGCCUUAGUGAUGUCAGCAUUAAUUACACAAUUUCUUUCCAUGGUGUACUUUGUGCUGCUCCUCAGCUAAACAUGCAUGCUUCAGAAGGCAUCGUUCGAUUUGAUGUUCAGUCUCUGUUGAAAUAUGAAGAUAUUGCUCCGUGCAUAAAUCUGAAAAGCUGGGUUCAAACGCUCAGACCAGUGAGUGCAAAAAUAAAACCUUUGGGUUCCAGAGAUAUUUUACCAAAUAACCGUCAACUGUAUGAGAUGAUUUUGACAUAUAACUUCCAUCAGCCUAAGAGUGGAGAAGUAACUCCAAGCUGUCCACUUCUUUGUGAAUUGUUGUAUGAAUCUGAGUUUGAUAGUCAACUGUGGAUUAUUUUUGACCAGAACAAACGACAAAUGGGUUCAGGAGAUGCCUAUCCACACCAGUAUUCUGUGAAACUGGAAAAAGGAGAUUACACUAUUCGGUUACAAAUUCGUCAUGAGCAGAACAGCGAGCUGGAUCGCAUCAAAGACCUUCCAUUUAUUGUUUCUCACAGGUUGUCUAGUACCUUGAGCUUAGAUAUUUAUGAAAACCAUAGCCUUGCUCUCUUAGGGAAGAAGAAAUCCAACAGUUUGACAUUACCACCAAAACACAGUCAGCCAUUCUUUGUUACAUCUCUGCCUGAUGACAAAAUACCUAAAGGAGCAGGACCAGGAUGUUAUCUUGCAGGGAGUCUUACACUGUCAAAAACAGAACUUGGAAAGAAAGCUGGGCAGUCUGCAGCAAAACGACAAGGAAAAUUUAAAAAGGAUGUCCUUACUGUUCACUAUCAUCUGAUACCAUCACCAUCAAAGAGCAAAAAUGGCAGCAAAGAGAAAGAAAAAGAACAGGAAAAAGAAAAAGAUGUAAAAGAAGAAUUUGCUGAAGCUUUAAGAGAUCUAAAAAUACAGUGGAUGACUAAGCUGGAUACCACUGACAUGUACAAUGAGUUGAAAGAAGCAUUUCCUAAUCAUCUUCCAUUAUAUGUUGCAAGACUUCAUCAGCUGGAUUCUGAAAAGGAACGAAUGAAAAGACUAGAUGAAAUUGUUGCCGCUGCAAAUACUGUAAUCUCUCAUAUUGAUCAGACAGCAUUAGCGGUAUAUUUUGCCAUGAAGACUGAUCCCAGGCCUGAUGCAACUACUAUAAAAAAUGAAAUGGAAAAACAGAAGAGUACUUUAGUAGAUGCACUUUGUCGAAAAGGAAGUGCGCUGGCUGACCAGCUGCUUCAUCUGCAGGCCCAAGAAGGGGCUGCUUCCAGUGAUACAGAAGGCAAAGAUGAGGAUCAUGAGAGCUGCUCAGAAGCUUUGACAGAGACAUUCUGGGAAACAACAAAAUGGACUGAUCUUUUUGACAGCAAGGUUUUGACUUUUGCCUAUAAGCAUGCACUGGUAAAUAAAAUGUAUGGGAGAGGUCUCAAGUUUGCCACAAAACUUGCAGAAGAAAAGCCAACAAAGGACAACUUGAAAAACUGCAUUCAGCUAAUGAAGUUGCUUGGAUGGACUCACUGUGCAACUUUCACUGAGAAUUGGCUUCCUGUCAUGUAUCCACCUGAUUAUUGUGUGUUCUAGAAAAUCAACUGUUGUAAAAUUAAAAUGAUUUUAUAAGGGGCAGGAUAGGAAAAGAUAAGUUUGACUUUUUAUUCGAACGCAUGUUUUCAUUACUGAAUGCUGAUUAUUAAAUUGUGUGUAUUUAUCAGUAAAGGCACCUGGGUACAGUUAAUACCUGCUAACCUAACUCCUGUCAUUAGGGAGUUUCCUUAUUGUGCAUCCCAUUGCUGGCAAUGGAUGUGCCAGAACUGCCAACACCGAGGAUUUGGAAUCAGGUUGGAAAGACUUACUGCAUGCAUGUUAGGUUCUGAACUGUUACUUUUAACUGCAAACCUGUAAAAGUUCUGUAUUUUUUACGGUAAACUGAAUUUUAACAUGUUUGAUCCUAAUUUCAGUUGUAUGAAGGCCUUAAAGCUACUUUAAGAGUAGCUAAAAUCUUACUAGACGAAAAUAAUGGAACACAUGUAUUGUUUGCAAGAGUUUACAUUUAAUUUUUUUUUAAGAAAAAUUCAACCUCUCAAACUGUUACAAUGUUUAACUUUGAAUUGCUGAUGCAUAGGUGCUCUUGUAAAUCUUCAUUUUGGAGUGAUUUCAGACAAACUCGAAAAUCUGUGUGAAGCUGAGUAUAAGGACAGACUGAUACAUGUAUAAAAGUGCCAGACAGUUACAUCUUGAUUGGAUAUUGUAAAGCUAUACAUAUAUGUUUAUUAGUGUUAAAAAUAUAAACCACAGCAGAAUAAAUGUGCAAAGUUGUAG